GUCGCGUCCUGCUCGUCGGCUGCUGCCUGCUUUCGCAUCGCCAGCUCGUAUCGCUCUUUCAGACCUGACGACACCAAACAACCAUGAUAAGCGAACAAGGGAGUUUCUUCAUGUUUACCGGAUGGCUGACCGACGGUGCGUGAGGGUGAUGUAUAGAUUUCGAAUGCGAACGCUUGUUGGCCGGUGGGUCGAGCUUGUCGUAGACGAAGUCGAGGGAUGUGCCCGGGCAUGGGUACCCCACCUGCACGGCCGCACACGUGCAGUGCUUCGCGUCGAGCGCUCUGCAGGCCACAUGCACAUACUGGAUACAGAUUAGGGCCUCUUGUGUGAGUGUCACCCACACAUACCUGAGUAUUUUGCUCAUGCGUUGUGCGUUUCUCGGCGCCUCCUUCUGCUCGUAUGCCCACGGCUGAUACAUGCCGAACGUCCAUGAGUGGAUUGUCACGAACGUCGUCGUCUGAGGUGGAAAGGGAGCAAAUGAUGUCUCUCCUAAGCCUGCCUCACUCUCACCUUGACUUCUUUGACGAGGUUGAGGAAGAUAGCUGUCUCUGGCUCGGAGAAGGGCUUGGCACCGGGAUUCGUGUCGAGGCCCAGGUUUGACUCAGGCUGACACAUAAAGCGACAGGUGAGGUUGUAUGGUCAGCCAUUCUUUCCAUCCUCUCUCAUACCGUCCAGUGAUCGUCCCAGUUGCGGUUCAAGUCGACUCCUACACACGUCAACCACAGACACACGGAGACACAGAUCGGUGAAUACGAUAUACGGUCGCAGCCUCACCGUGUUCGUUGACCCUCACGCAGUAGUCGCCGUUCUCGACUCGCCGGCGGGACUGAGGAUUACCAUUUACAACUAUCGAAAACAU